CAAAAAAGUAUUUCGACUCCGCGAGCAGACCAUAGAGCAGACAUGCAGCAUCGCCUGUGCCCGUUGGAAACGGAUCAUGCUUAGCCUACUUCUGAUUUUAACAGAGGACCGUUUAGUUAUGACGGAGUGUGUGUACUGCUUCCAAACGGUUUCCGGGGAGUUUAUUGCAUAAAUCACGAAAUUAAACAAUUGCGGAACGAGAAGCCAGCACACCUGACAUCCACCGUAUGCGGGAAUGGCAGCACCCCGUCAGAUAAAAGGCAUCCUGAAAAACAAGAUCGCCGGUAUCAACGUGAAAUCGCUUUCCGAAGACAUUCCCGGGGAGAACACAGAGGACGCCCCUGGACUCUCGGAAGAUGACCAACAGAAGAAAUCCCAGAAAUGGGAUGAGAUGAACAUCCUGGCAACAUACCAUCCAGCUGACAAAGAUUAUGGCCUCAUGAAGAUAGAUGAGCCCAGCACGCCAUACAACAGGAUGGUCGGGGAAGACGAGGAUGAAGGGGCGCUGAGCGACUCUGACGGCCAAAGUGGACUCGCAGCGGAAGACCUCGCAUCAAAGCUGGCAUCAAGUGACACCCUAGAACCUCGCUUUUUGAAAGAAGAAGAAGAGGAGGAGGAGAGCAGUGAGGAGGAGGAAGAGGACCUUACUCCUGAAGAAUUGGCCAAAAAGAAGCAUUUUCAAAUGAUGAGGAAGAUGCACUACAACGAAGGCCUGAACAUAAAGCUGGCUCGCCAACUUAUCGCCAGUGAGCUAGAAGAGGACGAAGAUGAGGAUGAAGAAAUGAGGGAUGACACAGAGGAAACAGAAGAGAUCAGUGUUGACCCCCCACAGGAUGCGGACUCUUUGGACUCGUAAAUGAAGAUCCCUGUUCCCAAUUGAGACCCAGUUCGACUCAGUCACUGCUGUUUUCAGCGCUGAGCCAAACAGCAAACACCUCUUCUGUACCCACAUGGCAUCUUUCAAUAGCCAAGUAACAUAUCUGUAAGCUAACGUGUCUCCUCUAUUUUUCAAUAUAACCUUCAGAAACUGCUUUUUAUCAAUAACAACGUGGAGGUUGCUUGUCCUUCUUUGCUCACCUCUUCUGGACUGAUGUUGCACUGCAGAACAUGUGAUCCUGAUUCCACAAGGAGGAUCAAGGCCUUCAAAAUAAAAUAAAAAUUAAAAAAAAGGCAAAGAUUUUAUGGGAUAAUUAUUACUCUAGUUUAGCUCAAUCAGCACGUCAGCCCUGGAAAAGGCCAGGGGAAACCCCACAACAUAACUGAGGCAUGACAGCAGUGUUGUUCUUGGCUUCAUAUCUGAUUUUUUUUUCCCUUUCCCCUUGAAUAUUGUGUAACUUUUGCUCUAAGGCCUGCCCUUCUGGUGCAUUUGAUUAUCACCAAAAGAAGUUUAUUUCCUUCUGAAAUCAUUUUAUGCUGUUAACAAUCUUACCGUUAUCUUAUAUUGGCAUGGUAAAAAAGAUUAGGUUUCAACAUAUUUAGUCCCAAAUUUCAAACUGUAUAAUCCCCUAAAUAAAAUGCUGCCUUACAAAUAAAACUAUUUUAAUCUGCUUGACUUGUUUGUUGCCCUGCAGUGGUUCUCAAUAAAAAAACAGAAAAAGUCUUAAUACAUAUUAAGAGAUCUCUGAUGUUUUUUAAUAACAUCAACUAUUAAUGUCCAGGUUUCUACAGUGAGGAAUUGAUUUGAUGUUAGUUUUUAACCCCUUCCUGCACCAUCGUUUAAAAAUAACUAUUUCAUUCUGGGUAGGCAUCACCCCCUCAGCCAGCUUUAGUUCUUAAAUACAAAUCAUUUAAAAAAAAACAAAAAAAAAACAUCCUUUCCAAAUUUUUCACAUUUGUAUCAUACUGCUAUAACAUUUAUUUUCAUACUACUUAUAACCUUUCUUAAAGAAUACUAGUGACAAAAUCUUUUGUUUCCUGUUAUUUUCGUUUCAAAUAUCAUAGGAGACACUGUACGGAUGUAUUGCUGCUGGGGUUUGUUAUGCGCUACUGAUCAAACCUUUGACAAAGAAGAAACCGGCAGGUUUUGUGCUGGUUCUUAGGCCUUUCAUCCCAUUUGAGUUCAUCCAGACAGACGGUGUUUGGAGGUGUGUAGAGGAUGCAGCGUCUCUCACCUGACUUCAUUUGGGUGAAGGAUGCUGCUAGAAGAAGUCAUGGAAAGAAGCAUGAAUUGAUGCUACUGAAAUACUUUACAGUGGAUGCUAGCAGAGACCACUAGAGCUAGAAGCGCGUCAAGGAUUUCUUUAUCUUAAUUUAAUUGUUUUUGCACUGUUUGGAAAUCCUACAAGUGUUAAGUCUAUACAUGUACUGAAUGAAAAGUGUGCAUAAAGCGUGUGUAUUUUUCCUGUUCAUUUCUGUCAUUUACCUUUAACUCUUUCAUUUUGCCCCGUUUUCAGAAUCAUUGAGGUUUAUAUUAUAGAAAGAUGGAUAACAACCAACAAAUUGACUUUGGGUAAUAUGCGUUAUUUUUGUUCAAAUGAGGUAAAGGAAACUUUAUUGAAAUUGUGUAAAGGAAACAUCAAACCCACAAAUGGUUUUCCUUUUCUUCUGCCUAUAUAUAUAUAUAUAUAUAUACACGUGUGUAUUUAUAUAUAGUCAGAAACCGUGACUGCAUUUGUCCUGAUGUAGUUUUCCUUCUUAAUUAUUAUACUAGUUGGAACAGGGACUGAUGUUAUCACCCUGUAGGUGGUUAUUACCUGUCAAAUGUGCCUCUAAUGUAUUUACUUACAUGUGUGUAAAGUAAGGAAGUCUAUCAUACAGAGUAAUUUUUUGCCUCUUGUCUCCUUGUUUUACAUCAUUUUGGUCCUUUUUGGCUUGUUUUUCUAAGCAUGAUAGACUGUUAGGCAGCCCUAUGACGAUGCUCAAUGUCUCAAGAUGUCAAAACAGUGGGAGUGUCCAAGCCAUGUUUCUUUUUCUUUCCCUCUUUUGUAUUUCCAGUUUGCAUGUUCUUAAUCAUCCAAAUGUUUGUAUUGAUUUGUUUUUUGCCUACUGUCAUUAAAAAGAAGUUCUUAGAAUGUA